GGCGAUCACGGCGAUGCACACCGCCAUCUUGGCCCCGCCCCUCCCGCCGGGUCACGCGGGGCGGUCACGCGGGGCGGUCACGCGGCGGUCACGCGGCGGUCACGCGGCGCGCGGCCCCGUUGCCAUGGCGAGCGCGGCGCUGAGGCCGCUGUGCCUGUGCUGGGCCCUGGGCGCCGCCGCCGCCGCCCCCAACAUCCUCCUGCUCCUCAUGGACGAUAUGGGCUGGGGGGAUUUGGGAGUUUUUGGAGAGCCUUCUAAGGAAACCCCUAACCUGGACCAGAUGGCUGCAGAAGGGAUGCUCUUCCUGGAUUUUUAUACUGCCAACCCCCUCUGCUCUCCCUCCAGGGCAGCCCUGCUGACAGGCCGGCUCCCAGUCAGGAAUGGCUUUUACACCACAAAUGGACACGCCAGGAACGCAUACACGCCACAGGAUAUAGUAGGAGGAAUCCCAGAUUCUGAAUUGCUGCUCCCAGAGCUCCUGAAGAAAGCUGGUUACACCAACAAGAUCAUUGGCAAAUGGCACUUGGGGCACCGGCCCCAGUUCCACCCCCUGAGGCACGGCUUUGAUGAGUGGUUUGGGUCCCCAAAUUGUCACUUUGGGCCCUACGACAGCAGAGAGCGCCCCAACAUCCCAGUGUACAGGGACUGGGAGAUGCUUGGCAGAUACUAUGAAGAUUUCAACAUUGAUCUGAAGACAGGUGAAGCCAACUUGACUCAGCUCUACCUGCAGGAAGCUCUGGAUUUUAUUAGCAAGCAGCAGGCCAGCCAGCAACCAUUCUUUUUAUACUGGGCAAUUGAUGCCACCCAUGCUCCUGUUUAUGCCUCCAAGCAGUUCCUGGGCACGAGUCAGAGAGGGCUGUAUGGGGAUGCUGUGAGGGAGAUUGAUGACAGCAUUGGGAAGAUCCUGAAGCACCUCCAGCAGCUGGGGAUCAGUGAGAACACCUUUGUGUUUUUCACCUCUGACAACGGGGCUGCUCUCAUUUCAGCUCCCAGACAAGGAGGAAGCAAUGGACCUUUCCUGUGUGGCAAACAAACCACCUUCGAGGGUGGCAUGAGGGAACCUGCGAUUGCCUGGUGGCCCGGCCACAUCCCCGCGGGAGGGGUCAGCCAUCAGCUGGGCAGUGUGAUGGAUCUGUUCAGCACCAGCCUCUCCCUGGCGGGUCUGCAGCCUCCCAGUGACAGACAGAUUGAUGGCAUCGACCUUUUACCUGCCCUCCUGCAGGGCAAGCUAAUUGACAGGCCCAUUUUCUAUUAUCGUGGCAACGAGCUGAUGGCAGUGAGAGCUGGGCUUUACAAAGCUCACUACUGGACCUGGAGCAACUCCCAGGAGGAGCACAGCAAGGGCAUUGAUUUCUGUCCUGGCCAGAGUGUGGCUGGAGUGACAACACACACCCAGGAGGAGCACACUUACCUGCCCCUGCUCUUCCACCUGGGCAGGGACCCUGGUGAGAAGUACCCUUUAAGUUUUGCCAGUGAGGAGUACCAGAGGGCUGUGGAGCACAUCUCAGGGCUGGUCCAGCAGCACAGGGCCACCCUGGUGCCAGGCCAGCCCCAGCUGAACGUGUGUGACCAGGCUGUCAUGAAUUGGUCCCCUCCAGGCUGUGAGAAGCUUGGGAAGUGCCUGAAAGCACCAGAGUCUGAUCCUAAGAAAUGCUCUUGGCCUCACUGAUGGCUGCAGCCCUGCAGAGCUCCCCAGAGGCAGCUGGACAUGCAGUUUGCAGUGCCUGCUCCUGUGGCACUCCUGUUUACACAGGAAGGGUGUGUGAUGUGUGCAUGAUAUCAUCACUUGCUCUUCCAAAAGGGCCAGUGUUUAUAUUCCUCGUGCUCAGGGUUUAGCCUCUACCCCUCUCUUCUCCCAGCUCUUUCCCUACAUGGUAACUCCAGUGAGGAUUGGUGCAGCUGGAAAAGCUCUCUGGACAGCCACCACUCCAGGAUGCCAAGGGUCACUCCUGCUCCUUCCAGCCCACCUUGCUCACUGGGGUGCCCCAACAGCAGCCAUGGGACAGGUCAGGAAGCUCAGAGCUGCCAGAGAGCCCUGCCCAAACUGCCCGUGUUUUGUUUGCCUGUAACUUGUUGUUUUAACAUUUGAUUUCCAUUGUGAGCUCUGCACAUCAACUUGUUUUUCCUUUCUCCUGAAGUUUGUGAGUCCUGGGUGCAAACAGGGGAUCCCCCUGUUCACAGCUGAGGGGUUUGGAUCCAGGGACUAUGCCCUGAAUUCCUUCCAUGUGUAGCUGCAAACAUUCCCUAGGCUGUGGUGUAAGGAAAGGUGAGGGCUGUGUUCAGGUGGGUGCUGGGUUGGGGUUACAGCCCCUGCCAGUGCCUGAAGGAGCUCCCAGAGAGCUGGAGAGGCACUUUGGACACAGGGAAUGGCUCCCACUGCCAGGGGCAGGGCUGGAUGGCAUCUUGGGCAGGAAUUCCUCCCUGUGAGGGUGGGCAGGCCCUGGCACAGUGCCCAGAGCAGCUGUGGCUGCCCCUGGAUCCCUGGCAGUGCCCAAGGCCAGGCUGGACAGGGCUGGAGCAGCCUGGACAGUGGAAGUGAGGUUGCACUGGAUGAGCUUUGAAUCCCUUCCAACCCAGACCAUCCCGGGAUUCUGUUCUGUUAUUGGUGCAGGACAUUUGUGGGGAGCUGGGGGUGAGGUGCUCAUUUCAGGGCUCUCCUUAAUUUCCAAAAAUCUGUGUCUAAAGCUGGUCCAAGCCAUGCUUCCCAUCCCAUGCUCUGGGCCCAGCCAAGUGCAGGCUCAGAAAUGCCCCUUUGCCUCAGCCCUUGACUCCUGACCCCAUUUCCAGCCCAUGCUCUCUGAGGAAUUCUCCUUGUGCAAACUUUGCCCAGGCUGGGAGUAGCUCUCCUUUAGCCAGAGUUCCUGGGGAGCACAAUUGCUCAAUUCCACAGAGCAGAUCCCUGCUCUGCCUGGGGCCUGUUCCACACCCUUCCCUGUCCCCAGUAAACCUGUCUGGAUUAAAUCAGCUCCUCUGGGCCCUCAGGGCAGCAGCUGGAGGGAGCCCUGAGCCUGUUUGGGUUCAGCCUGAAAGGAGAGGUUUAGUUUGGAUGUAAGGAAGGAAUUGUUCCCUGUGAGGGUGCAGAGGCCCUGGCACAGGUGCCCAGAGAAGCUUGGAGCAGCCCUGGAUAGUGGAAGGUGUUCCUGCCCUUGGAGGGGGUGGAACAGGAUGAGCUUUUAGAUCCCUUCCCACCCAAACCAUUCCAUGAUUCCCCAUUUGUCCUUCCACCCCUGCAGUCUUUUCCAUGUGCCCUCUCUGGGUGAUGUUGUGCUGUCUGAGGAAAAUCCAGAUGCUCUGUACCUGGGAACAGCUCAAAUUCCUUCCCAAGCAGUGGGAGCUGCUUGAGAGCUCUGCUUCUGUGCCAGCUGCUGUGCUCCACUGGCUCUGGGCUCUCAGCUGCUUGUUCCUCCCCUCCUGUAAUCCCAAACAAUCCAUUCCCAUCUUUAUGUACCUGUAAUCCCCUCCAUGGUAAUUCCUGGUGUGUGCCUCAUGAAGCUGGAUAAUCCCAUCAGACUGGAAUAAGAGUCAGCUCUUGCUGUUCCACCUCUCAGAAAUCCCAGCCAGCAUUUCAGGGAUCCUGCACAUCUGCAAGUGACAUUUGUUUAUAGCCCACAUUGCUUAGGGUGUUCCUAAUUGUCAUUCAAGUGUAUCAUGGCAUUUCCAGCUCAUCCAGAACAUUCCUCCUUGUUUAGACACAGCUCAAGGCUUGGGAGAUGUGGCCAGCAGCUCCCUCAGAGGUGAGGUGAGGGCAGGGAGCAGCUGUGGGUCUGUCAGCACAGGGCACCAGGUAAAACCAGAUAAAACCAGAGCUGGGAAAGGGGCUCAGCCUGGGGAAAAGGAGGCUCAGGGGGAAUCUGUGGCUCUGCACAACCCCCUGACAGGAGGGGACAGCCCCAGGUCGGGCUCUGCCCCAGGGAACAGGGACAGGAGCAGAGUUGUGCCAGGGGAGGGUUAGGUUGAAUAUCAGAGAAUUUUAUUCAUGGAAAGGGGAAAGCACUGGCACAGGGCAGAGGUGAUACCCCAUCCCUGACGUGGAUGUGGCACUGGGGUGACCAUGGUGGUGCUGCUGGGCUCAGGCUUGGGCUCAGUGAUCUCCAAGGUCUUUUCCAACCUCAGUGACUGAGCCCACAAUUCUGUCACUGAGCCCUGCUCUCACUGCAAAGCUCCCACCAGAGGAGGGAGUCCCUGGCUGCAGCUCCCUGGCAGCCCUGAAAGCCUUGAGAGGUAACAGCAUUUUGUGGGAUUUUGUGCUGCUUAGGAAGGGUUCCCCCAGCAUUAGAGCUCCUCAGCCCCCAGAAUUUGCUCUGGACACCUCCUCCCUGUCCCCUGCCUGCUGCUUCCUCCUUUUCUCUUUCACAGCUGCACUCUGGAAGCUCCUGCUUUGCCCCUGGAACUUGCUCUGAGCAGCCACAGGGUUUGUCCCCCACUCCCAGCACAGCAAACCCUCAUUGCUCCCUGGAAUGAUCUCAGGACACAGAUCCUGGAGGAGAACUUUGUACUUGAAAAGUAAGUGAAGCCAUGGAGUGUCUGUUUAGAAUAAAAGGGCAUGAAGCAGAUAAUAAAUAAUCAGGGUUUAAUGUGACAAAGCUUCUGCUUUAAAUUUAAAUAGGAAUAGUUGUUUUACAGCUGGAUUAUAGUUGGAAUUUCAAAUUAAUGCUUUUUCUAAAAAUGUACAGAUUUAAAAGUUGUGAGGUGAAGAACUAAUGAGGACAAAUAAACUUAAUUUAUCAGCA